UGUUUUAGUCAGAACUAAGCUGUUAGCAUCACCUACUGACCACAAGUGGCUAACCUGCAUGGUGGGCGGCAACUUUUUCAUCACAUGAUCUUAAGGAAAGUUCAUCCCCCAUUGGCACCAUCUACUGCAUGCCACACGUCUCUAACACUCUGGAACUUCACAUCUGCAUUACAAGAACUAGAAGUGGUCCUGUUCCCCAAGUUUCCUCACCUCUACAUGUCUGAUGAAGUAACUCUGCGAUGUAAACGUGGUUCUGAGGUUCUCACCACCAACGUCACGUGGUUCUUUAAUGGUCAACCUCAACAAGCCACCGAUGGUGUCUUGCACAUCGCCAUGGUAACACUGAGUCACUCUGGGAAGUACGUCUGCGAGAAGGACGGCAUCCGGAGUCUGGAACGGGAGAUCGAUGUGCUCGACAUGGAGGCUCUUCACAAGCUUACCUUACUAAGCAGAUCAUCACUGGUUUAUCCAGGCGGAUGGACAUUGAUGGAGCUCUAUGUGGAGACCGGGAUUCAUGGGUGGCAAUGUCGUUAUACAAAACAAGGAGUUGAAUAUUAUGUUUAUUUACCACAUGAGGAUGAUUGGAGAGACAACAAACGCAGAGCAACCAUCCAUGCUGAAGUAAGAGGAGGAGACAAGAGCGCCAUCUUCUGGUGCAAAAACAAGGACAUGCGCAGUAACGCCGUCACUCUCAGAGUCUCAAAUAAGCUAGUGAUGCUGCAGGCUCUGGACCCGAUGGUGGAGGGUAAGAAUGUGUCUCUCAUCUGUGAAGUUCGGGGUGUGGACAGUCCAGAUGAAGUUGUCUUUUUUAAGAAUAAGGAAGAGAUCUUGAGAGGCAAAGACAAGGAAUACGUCAUCGAGGACAUCUCAAACAAGGACAUCGGCUCAUACGGGUGUGAAGCCACCUACAGUUACAAACACCUCGACCCAAAUGCUCCACAACUCAUCGACUCCUCUGAUGAGCAGGUGCUCAGGAUCAUGGCGGUUCCUUCAGCGGCUCAACUGGUCCAUCAUGACGACUGGCUGGAGUGCCAGCACCCAAACAGUACAGGUUCCUUUCGAUGGUAUCAUGCUGAGAGUGAGAAUGCAGAAUGGAAGAGCGUGCCGAGUGAGUCAGGAUCCUACAUCUACCCCCCAGUGGAAGGGUUCUACAGGUGCAGGGCUGAAUUUAAGGACCAGGGUGUGUCCUACCCCAGCAACACUGUACACUCAGGAAAAGCACUCUGGAACUUCACACCUGCAUCACAACAACCAGAAGUGGUCCUGUUCCCCAAGUUUCCUCACCUCUACGUGUCUGAUGAAGUAACUCUGCGGUGUAAACGUGGUUCUGCGGUUCUCACCACCAACGUCAACUGGUUCUUCAACGGUCAACCUCAACAACCCACCAAUGGUGCCCUGUCCAUCGCCAUGGUAACACUGAGUCACUCUGGGAAGUACGUCUGCGAGAAGGACGGCGUCCGGAGUCUGGAACGGGAGAUCGAUGUGCUCGACAUGGAGGCCCCUCACCAGCUUACUUUGCUAAGCAGAAGAUCACUGGUUUAUCCAGGCGGAUGGACAUUGAUGGAGCUCUAUGUGGAGACCGGGAUUCAUGGUUGGCAAUGUCGUUAUACAAAACAAGGAGUUGAAUAUUAUGUUUAUUUACCACAUGAGGAUGAUUGGAGAGACAACAAACGCAGAGCAACCAUCCAUGCUGAAGUAAAAGAAGGAGACAAGAGCGCCAUCUUCUGGUGCAAAAACAAGGACAUGCGCAGUAACGCCAUCACUCUCAGAGUCUCAAAUAAGCUAGUGAUGCUGCAGGCUCUGGACCCGAUGGUGGAGGGUAAGAAUGUGUCUCUCGUCUGUGAAGUUCGGGGUGUGGACAGUCCAGAUGAAGUUGUCUUUUUUAAGAAUAAGGAAGAGAUCUCGAGAGGCAAAGAGAAGGAAUACGUCAUCGAGGACAUCUCAAACAAGGACAUCGGCUCAUACGGGUGUAAAGCCACCUACAGUUACAAACACCUCGACCCAAAUGCUCCACAACUCAUCGACUCCUCUGAUGAGCAGGUGCUCAGGAUCAUGGCGGUUCCUUCAGCGGCUCAACUGGUCCAUCAUGACGACUGGCUGGAGUGCCAGCACCCAAACAGUACAGGUCCCUUUCGAUGGUAUCAUGCUGAGACUGAGAAUGCAGAAUGGAAGAGCGUGCAGAAUGUGUCAGGGUCCUACAUCUACCCCCCAGUGGAAGGGUUCUACAGGUGCAGGGCUGAAUAUAAGGACAAGGGUGUGUCCUACCCCAGCAACACUGUACACUUUGUUCCAGCACUCUGGAACUUCACACCUGCAUCACAGGAACUAGAAGUGGUCCUGUUCCCCAAGUUUCCUCACCUCUACGUGUCUGAUGAAGUAACUCUGCGGUGUAAACGUGGUUCUGAGGUUCUCACCACCAACGUCACGUGGUUCUUCAACAGUCAACCUCAACAAGCCAUUGAUGGUGUCUUGCACAUCGCCAUGGUAACACUGAGUCACUCUGGGAAGUACGUCUGUGAGAAGGACGGCGUCCGGAGUCUGGAACGGGAGAUCGAUGUGCUCGACAUGGAGGCCCCUCACCAGCUUACUUUGCUAAGCAGAAGAUCACUGGUUUAUCCAGGCAGCGGCAGCUUGAUGGAGCUCUAUGUGGAGACCGGGAUUCAUGGGUGGCAAUGUCUUUAUACAAAACAAGGAGUUAAAUAUUAUGUUUAUUUACCACAUGAGGAUGAUUGGAGAGACAACAAACGCAGAGCAACCAUCCAUGCUGAAGUAAAAGGAGGAGACAAGAGCGCCAUCUUCUGGUGUGAAAACAAGGACAUGCGCAGUAACGCCGUCACUCUCAGAGUCUCAAAUAAGCUAGUGAUGCUGCAGGCUCUGGACCCGAUGGUGGAGGGUAAGAGUGUGUCUCUCGUCUGUGAAGUUCGGGGUGUGGACAGUCCAGAUGAAGUUGUCUUUUUUAAGAAUAAGACAGAGAUCUCGAGAGGCAAAGAGAAGGAAUACGUCAUCGAGGACAUCUCAAACAAGGACAUCGGCUCAUACGGGUGUAAAGCCACCUACAGUUACAAACACCUCGACCCAAAUGCUCCACAACUCAUCGACUCCUCUGAUGAGCAGGUGCUCAGGAUCAUGGCGGUUCCUUCAGCGGCUCAACUGGUCCAUCAUGAUGACUGGCUGGAGUGCCAGCACCCACACAGUACAGGUCCCUUUCGAUGGUAUCAUGCUGAGACUGAGAAUGCAGAAUGGAAGAGCGUGCAGAAUGUGUCAGGGUCCUACAUCUACCCCCCAGUGGAAGGGUUCUACAGGUGCAGGGCUGAAUUUAAGGACAAGGGUGUGUCCUACCCCAGCAACACUGUACACUUUGUUCCAGCACUCUGGAACUUCACAUCUGCAGCACAGGAACUAGAAGUGGUCCUGUUCCCCAAGUUUCCUCACCUCUACGUGUCUGAUGAAGUAACUCUGCGGUGUAAACGUGGUUCUGAGGUUCUCACCACCAACGUCACGUGGUUCUUCAACAGUCAACCUCAACAAGCCAUUGAUGGUGUCUUGCACAUCGCCAUGGUAACACUGAGUCACUCUGGGAAGUACGUCUGUGAGAAGGACGGCGUCCGGAGUCUGGAACGGGAGAUCGAUGUGCUCGACAUGGAGGCCCCUCACAAGCUUACUUUGCUAAGCAGAAGAUCACUGGUUUAUCCAGGCAGCGGCAGCUUGAUGGAGCUCUAUGUGGAGACCGGGAUUCAUGGGUGGCAAUGUCGUUAUACAAAACAAGGAGUUAAAUAUUAUGUUUAUUUACCACAUGAGGAUGAUUGGAGAGACAACAAACGCAGAGCAACCAUCCAUGCUGAAGUAAAAGGAGGAGACAAGAGCGCCAUCUUCUGGUGUGAAAACAAGGACAUGCGCAGUAACGCCGUCACUCUCAGAGUCUCAAAUAAGCUAGUGAUGCUGCAGGCUCUGGACCCGAUGGUGGAGGGUAAGAAUGUGUCUCUCGUCUGUGAAGUUCGGGGUGUGGACAGUCCAGAUGAAGUUGUCUUUUUUAAGAAUAAGACAGAGAUCUCGAGAGGCAAAGAGAAGGAAUACGUCAUCGAGGACAUCUCAAACAAGGACAUCGGCUCAUACGGGUGUAAAGCCACCUACAGUUACAAACACCUCGACCCAAAUGCUCCACAACUCAUCGACUCCUCUGAUGAGCAGGUGCUCAGGAUCAUGGCGGUUCCUUCAGCGGCUCAACUGGUCCAUCAUGAUGACUGGCUGGAGUGCCAGCACCCAAACAGUACAGGUCCCUUUCGAUGGUAUCAUGCUGAGACUGAGAAUGCAGAAUGGAAGAGCGUGCAGAAUGUGUCAGGGUCCUACAUCUACCCCCCAGUGGAAGGGUUCUACAGGUGCAGGGCUGAAUUUAAGGACAAGGGUGUGUCCUACCCCAGCAACACUGUACACUUUGUUCCAGCACUCUGGAACUUCACACCUGCAUCACAACAACCAGAAGUGGUCCUGUUCCCCAAGUUUCCUCACCUCUACGUGUCUGAUGAAGUAACUCUGCGGUGUAAACGUGGUUCUGAGGUUCUCACCACCAACGUCACGUGGUUCUUCAACAGUCAACCUCAACAAGCCAUUGAUGGUGUCUUGCACAUCGCCAUGGUAACACUGAGUCACUCUGGGAAGUACGUCUGUGAGAAGGACGGCGUCCGGAGUCUGGAACGGGAGAUCGAUGUGCUCGACAUGGAGGCCCCUCACCAGCUUACUUUGCUAAGCAGAAGAUCACUGGUUUAUCCAGGCAGCGGCAGCUUGAUGGAGCUCUAUGUGGAGACCGGGAUUCAUGGGUGGCAAUGUCUUUAUACAAAACAAGGAGUUAAAUAUUAUGUUUAUUUACCACAUGAGGAUGAUUGGAGAGACAACAAACGCAGAGCAACCAUCCAUGCUGAAGUAAAAGGAGGAGACAAGAGCGCCAUCUUCUGGUGUGAAAACAAGGACAUGCGCAGUAACGCCGUCACUCUCAGAGUCUCAAAUAAGCUAGUGAUGCUGCAGGCUCUGGACCCGAUGGUGGAGGGUAAGAAUGUGUCUCUCGUCUGUGAAGUUCGGGGUGUGGACAGUCCAGAUGAAGUUGUCUUUUUUAAGAAUAAGACAGAGAUCUCGAGAGGCAAAGACAAGGAAUACGUCAUCGAGGACAUCUCAAACAAGGACAUCGGCUCAUACGGGUGUAAAGCCACCUACAGUUACAAACACCUCGACCCAAAUGCUCCACAACUCAUCGACUCCUCUGAUGAGCAGGUGCUCAGGAUCAUGGCGGUUCCUUCAGCGGCUCAACUGGUCCAUCAUGAUGACUGGCUGGAGUGCCAGCACCCAAACAGUACAGGUCCCUUUCGAUGGUAUCAUGCUGAGACUGAGAAUGCAGAAUGGAAGAGCGUGCCGAGUGAGUCAGGGUCCUACAUCUACCCCCCAGUGGAAGGGUUCUACAGGUGCAGGGCUGAAUUUAAGGACAAGGGUGUGUCCUACCCCAGCAACACUGUACACUUUGUUCCAGCACUCUGGAACUUCACAUCUGCAGCACAGGAACUAGAAGUGGUCCUGUUCCCCAAGUUUCCUCACCUCUACGUGUCUGAUGAAGUAACUCUGCGGUGUAAACGUGGUUCUGAGGUUCUCACCACCAACGUCACGUGGUUCUUCAACAGUCAACCUCAACAAGCCAUUGAUGGUGUCUUGCACAUCGCCAUGGUAACACUGAGUCACUCUGGGAAGUACGUCUGUGAGAAGGACGGCGUCCGGAGUCUGGAACGGGAGAUCGAUGUGCUCGACAUGGAGGCCCCUCACAAGCUUACUUUGCUAAGCAGAAGAUCACUGGUUUAUCCAGGCAGCGGCAGCUUGAUGGAGCUCUAUGUGGAGACCGGGAUUCAUGGGUGGCAAUGUCGUUAUACAAAACAAGGAGUUAAAUAUUAUGUUUAUUUACCACAUGAGGAUGAUUGGAGAGACAACAAACGCAGAGCAACCAUCCAUGCUGAAGUAAAAGGAGGAGACAAGAGCGCCAUCUUCUGGUGUGAAAACAAGGACAUGCGCAGUAACGCCGUCACUCUCAGAGUCUCAAAUAAGCUAGUGAUGCUGCAGGCUCUGGACCCGAUGGUGGAGGGUAAGAAUGUGUCUCUCGUCUGUGAAGUUCGGGGUGUGGACAGUCCAGAUGAAGUUGUCUUUUUUAAGAAUAAGACAGAGAUCUCGAGAGGCAAAGAGAAGGAAUACGUCAUCGAGGACAUCUCAAACAAGGACAUCGGCUCAUACGGGUGUAAAGCCACCUACAGUUACAAACACCUCGACCCAAAUGCUCCACAACUCAUCGACUCCUCUGAUGAGCAGGUGCUCAGGAUCAUGGCGGUUCCUUCAGCGGCUCAACUGGUCCAUCAUGAUGACUGGCUGGAGUGCCAGCACCCAAACAGUACAGGUCCCUUUCGAUGGUAUCAUGCUGAGACUGAGAAUGCAGAAUGGAAGAGCGUGCAGAAUGUGUCAGGGUCCUACAUCUACCCCCCAGUGGAAGGGUUCUACAGGUGCAGGGCUGAAUUUAAGGACAAGGGUGUGUCCUACCCCAGCAACACUGUACACUUUGUUCCAGCACUCUGGAACUUCACAUCUGCAGCACAGGAACUAGAAGUGGUCCUGUUCCCCAAGUUUCCUCACCUCUACGUGUCUGAUGAAGUAACUCUGCGGUGUAAACGUGGUUCUGAGGUUCUCACCACCAACGUCACGUGGUUCUUCAACAGUCAACCUCAACAAGCCAUUGAUGGUGUCUUGCACAUCGCCAUGGUAACACUGAGUCACUCUGGGAAGUACGUCUGUGAGAAGGACGGCGUCCGGAGUCUGGAACGGGAGAUCGAUGUGCUCGACAUGGAGGCCCCUCACAAGCUUACUUUGCUAAGCAGAAGAUCACUGGUUUAUCCAGGCAGCGGCAGCUUGAUGGAGCUCUAUGUGGAGACCGGGAUUCAUGGGUGGCAAUGUCGUUAUACAAAACAAGGAGUUAAAUAUUAUGUUUAUUUACCACAUGAGGAUGAUUGGAGAGACAACAAACGCAGAGCAACCAUCCAUGCUGAAGUAAAAGGAGGAGACAAGAGCGCCAUCUUCUGGUGUGAAAACAAGGACAUGCGCAGUAACGCCGUCACUCUCAGAGUCUCAAAUAAGCUAGUGAUGCUGCAGGCUCUGGACCCGAUGGUGGAGGGUAAGAAUGUGUCUCUCGUCUGUGAAGUUCGGGGUGUGGACAGUCCAGAUGAAGUUGUCUUUUUUAAGAAUAAGACAGAGAUCUCGAGAGGCAAAGAGAAGGAAUACGUCAUCGAGGACAUCUCAAACAAGGACAUCGGCUCAUACGGGUGUAAAGCCACCUACAGUUACAAACACCUCGACCCAAAUGCUCCACAACUCAUCGACUCCUCUGAUGAGCAGGUGCUCAGGAUCAUGGCGGUUCCUUCAGCGGCUCAACUGGUCCAUCAUGAUGACUGGCUGGAGUGCCAGCACCCAAACAGUACAGGUCCCUUUCGAUGGUAUCAUGCUGAGACUGAGAAUGCAGAAUGGAAGAGCGUGCAGAAUGUGUCAGGGUCCUACAUCUACCCCCCAGUGGAAGGGUUCUACAGGUGCAGGGCUGAAUUUAAGGACAAGGGUGUGUCCUACCCCAGCAACACUGUACACUUUGUUCCAGCACUCUGGAACUUCACACCUGCAUCACAACAACCAGAAGUGGUCCUGUUCCCCAAGUUUCCUCACCUCUACGUGUCUGAUGAAGUAACUCUGCGGUGUAAACGUGGUUCUGAGGUUCUCACCACCAACGUCACGUGGUUCUUCAACAGUCAACCUCAACAAGCCAUUGAUGGUGUCUUGCACAUCGCCAUGGUAACACUGAGUCACUCUGGGAAGUACGUCUGUGAGAAGGACGGCGUCCGGAGUCUGGAACGGGAGAUCGAUGUGCUCGACAUGGAGGCCCCUCACCAGCUUACUUUGCUAAGCAGAAGAUCACUGGUUUAUCCAGGCAGCGGCAGCUUGAUGGAGCUCUAUGUGGAGACCGGGAUUCAUGGGUGGCAAUGUCUUUAUACAAAACAAGGAGUUAAAUAUUAUGUUUAUUUACCACAUGAGGAUGAUUGGAGAGACAACAAACGCAGAGCAACCAUCCAUGCUGAAGUAAAAGGAGGAGACAAGAGCGCCAUCUUCUGGUGUGAAAACAAGGACAUGCGCAGUAACGCCGUCACUCUCAGAGUCUCAAAUAAGCUAGUGAUGCUGCAGGCUCUGGACCCGAUGGUGGAGGGUAAGAAUGUGUCUCUCGUCUGUGAAGUUCGGGGUGUGGACAGUCCAGAUGAAGUUGUCUUUUUUAAGAAUAAGACAGAGAUCUCGAGAGGCAAAGACAAGGAAUACGUCAUCGAGGACAUCUCAAACAAGGACAUCGGCUCAUACGGGUGUAAAGCCACCUACAGUUACAAACACCUCGACCCAAAUGCUCCACAACUCAUCGACUCCUCUGAUGAGCAGGUGCUCAGGAUCAUGGCGGUUCCUUCAGCGGCUCAACUGGUCCAUCAUGAUGACUGGCUGGAGUGCCAGCACCCAAACAGUACAGGUCCCUUUCGAUGGUAUCAUGCUGAGACUGAGAAUGCAGAAUGGAAGAGCGUGCCGAGUGAGUCAGGGUCCUACAUCUACCCCCCAGUGGAAGGGUUCUACAGGUGCAGGGCUGAAUUUAAGGACAAGGGUGUGUCCUACCCCAGCAACACUGUACACUUUGUUCCAGCACUCUGGAACUUCACAUCUGCAGCACAGGAACUAGAAGUGGUCCUGUUCCCCAAGUUUCCUCACCUCUACGUGUCUGAUGAAGUAACUCUGCGGUGUAAACGUGGUUCUGAGGUUCUCACCACCAACGUCACGUGGUUCUUCAACAGUCAACCUCAACAAGCCAUUGAUGGUGUCUUGCACAUCGCCAUGGUAACACUGAGUCACUCUGGGAAGUACGUCUGUGAGAAGGACGGCGUCCGGAGUCUGGAACGGGAGAUCGAUGUGCUCGACAUGGAGGCCCCUCACAAGCUUACUUUGCUAAGCAGAAGAUCACUGGUUUAUCCAGGCAGCGGCAGCUUGAUGGAGCUCUAUGUGGAGACCGGGAUUCAUGGGUGGCAAUGUCGUUAUACAAAACAAGGAGUUAAAUAUUAUGUUUAUUUACCACAUGAGGAUGAUUGGAGAGACAACAAACGCAGAGCAACCAUCCAUGCUGAAGUAAAAGGAGGAGACAAGAGCGCCAUCUUCUGGUGUGAAAACAAGGACAUGCGCAGUAACGCCGUCACUCUCAGAGUCUCAAAUAAGCUAGUGAUGCUGCAGGCUCUGGACCCGAUGGUGGAGGGUAAGAAUGUGUCUCUCGUCUGUGAAGUUCGGGGUGUGGACAGUCCAGAUGAAGUUGUCUUUUUUAAGAAUAAGACAGAGAUCUCGAGAGGCAAAGAGAAGGAAUACGUCAUCGAGGACAUCUCAAACAAGGACAUCGGCUCAUACGGGUGUAAAGCCACCUACAGUUACAAACACCUCGACCCAAAUGCUCCACAACUCAUCGACUCCUCUGAUGAGCAGGUGCUCAGGAUCAUGGCGGUUCCUUCAGCGGCUCAACUGGUCCAUCAUGAUGACUGGCUGGAGUGCCAGCACCCAAACAGUACAGGUCCCUUUCGAUGGUAUCAUGCUGAGACUGAGAAUGCAGAAUGGAAGAGCGUGCAGAAUGUGUCAGGGUCCUACAUCUACCCCCCAGUGGAAGGGUUCUACAGGUGCAGGGCUGAAUUUAAGGACAAGGGUGUGUCCUACCCCAGCAACACUGUACACUUUGUUCCAGCACUCUGGAACUUCACACCUGCAUCACAACAACCAGAAGUGGUCCUGUUCCCCAAGUUUCUUCACCUCUACGUGUCUGAUGAAGUAACUCUGCGGUGUAAACGUGGUUCUGAGGUUCUCACCACCAACGUCACGUGGUUCUUCAACAGUCAACCUCAACAAGCCAUUGAUGGUGUCUUGCACAUCGCCAUGGUAACACUGAGUCACUCUGGGAAGUACGUCUGUGAGAAGGACGGCGUCCGGAGUCUGGAACGGGAGAUCGAUGUGCUCGACAUGGAGGCCCCUCACCAGCUUACUUUGCUAAGCAGAAGAUCACUGGUUUAUCCAGGCAGCGGCAGCUUGAUGGAGCUCUAUGUGGAGACCGGGAUUCAUGGGUGGCAAUGUCUUUAUACAAAACAAGGAGUUAAAUAUUAUGUUUAUUUACCACAUGAGGAUGAUUGGAGAGACAACAAACGCAGAGCAACCAUCCAUGCUGAAGUAAAAGGAGGAGACAAGAGCGCCAUCUUCUGGUGUGAAAACAAGGACAUGCGCAGUAACGCCGUCACUCUCAGAGUCUCAAAUAAGCUAGUGAUGCUGCAGGCUCUGGACCCGAUGGUGGAGGGUAAGAAUGUGUCUCUCGUCUGUGAAGUUCGGGGUGUGGACAGUCCAGAUGAAGUUGUCUUUUUUAAGAAUAAGACAGAGAUCUCGAGAGGCAAAGACAAGGAAUACGUCAUCGAGGACAUCUCAAACAAGGACAUCGGCUCAUACGGGUGUAAAGCCACCUACAGUUACAAACACCUCGACCCAAAUGCUCCACAACUCAUCGACUCCUCUGAUGAGCAGGUGCUCAGGAUCAUGGCGGUUCCUUCAGCGGCUCAACUGGUCCAUCAUGAUGACUGGCUGGAGUGCCAGCACCCAAACAGUACAGGUCCCUUUCGAUGGUAUCAUGCUGAGACUGAGAAUGCAGAAUGGAAGAGCGUGCCGAGUGAGUCAGGGUCCUACAUCUACCCCCCAGUGGAAGGGUUCUACAGGUGCAGGGCUGAAUUUAAGGACAAGGGUGUGUCCUACCCCAGCAACACUGUACACUUUGUUCCAGGAGAACCGCCAGGAAAGUGACUCUGUGACUCUCAUUCAUUCCUUCAUUCAUCCACUCAUUCAUCCACUCUCCCACUUUGCUUCAAUAUUACAGAAUUACAAUAUUAAUAACAAUAUUACUGUACAAUUACCAUGUUAAUUCAUUCAUUCAUUCAUGUAUCUGACAUUAGAAUCUAUAAAUAAA